AUGGCCGCGCGCUCCGCACACGCCCCGCGGGAGGCGCCGACGCCGCCGGCAGCCCCCACGCGCCUCCCCCCCGCGGCCGCUCCCCUGCCCCGGCCGGAGACCCGCUCCCUGCGCCGCGCCUGUGGAGGGGGACGCCGGGGCUGGUGGCUUCCCGCACCCGCCCCCGCCCGCACCCACGCCCGCCCCCGUCCGCACCCGCACCGGCACCCGCACCCACGCCCGCCCGCGCCCGCGCCCGCCCCUGCUCGGUCCGCCCCAGCGUCCCCGCGGCACCGAGGCGCCCGCUCGCCUCCAGGGACCCGAGGUCAGGCUCCCCCGGCCGCGCCCUUCCGUAGCGCCCGGAACCCAGGAAACACUCCUGAGCCCGCGGACCGCACUCCGGCAGGUGCCUGCUUCCUCCCAUUGUUUGAAUUAAACAAUUGCUACGAGCCCUUCUCCACACGUGACAUUUCAUUUCAAAACCGAGUCAUCCUACUUCAGUGCCCCGAGUCGUCCUACUUCAGUGCCCCAGCAAAGGCAGCACACAGUGUGGUGUUGGUUUCAGGUGUGCAGUGUGGCGAUGCGAUGCGUGCGGGCGUUACUCUGCACUCAUCGCGAUGAUAGCCAUCCUGACAGGUGUGAGUCUCUGUACAAGGCAACCACGUGGAUGCACCUUGAAGACAUUACACUUAGUGAAAUAAGCCAGUCACAGAAAAACAAAUACUGCAUGAUUCCAUUUAUACGAGGUAUCUAAAACAGUCAAAUUCAUAGAAUUGAGGAGUGGAGUGGUGAUUGCCAGGAGCCGCCAGGCUGGGGGAGACGUGAGGAGUUACCAAUCAACCCGCACAAAGCUUCAGUUAAUCGUGAUAAAUAAACUCUAGA